AAACACCCAUCGGUCCAUUGGGGAAUUGAUUGCACGCUUCCUUGAGGACACGUCAUGAUGGCGACCUCCAUGCUGCCGAUAACGACUCUGCUGAAAGCACCUAUGGAUGCCAAGGACGUCGCCGAUACGAAAGAUAGCGUCCGUCCAUCCACCUCGGCCACGGACAUUCCGAUGUCGCCUACGUCGACGCCACCAAUCGACACAACCUCCAACCAGGACGAAGCGAGCAGCCAACAAGACACAUCGCUCACAGCCCUAGCCCGAACCUUUUCCGUCCCAGCACCGCACUUGGCACCUAACAGCCCAACAGUCAUCAAUGACGUUGGUGCUCCAUUUUCACGCACGGUGUCGGCGCCAGCCAGUGUUCCACAGGAAGGGCAUCCACCGCAUUUUCCCCCUCAGCAUGCAUCGUCUCUACCUCCGCAAUGUGCUCCUCCAUCAAAGACGUCCCCACUUCCAAGAGAUCCCAUCGAGGACGAGUUCGAUGUCGUCGUCGACGAAACAUUGCCCAUGGGGCUUCAAUUUGUAUUGGACACGUUGUGGCGCGACGACCAAUUCACAAUUGAAGGCCUGAAAAAGGUCGGCGAAACCAACGUGACCGUGUCGCAGUGGGCCGACAAACCUGUGGCGUACACCGCGUUCAAUCGCCCCGAAACGUUCCAAAGCGAGCGCCGAGUGACGUUUGUCCACAACAAAAAGAAUUUUAUCGGCCCCAGCGCGAUCCCGACCACCCAAAUCCACCGGUACACGUACACGCCUGGGCAGCGGUUGGUGGUGAGCGUCACGUCCAGCGUGCACGACGCGCCAUUUUGCGACUACUUCCGCGCCGAAAGUCGCUGGGUGUUCGACGCAUCGUUGUCGUCCGCCCACGAAUGCUCGUUGGUCAGUGGCAUGCGGCUGAAUUGGGCCAAAAGCACGUUUCUCAAGGGCCAGAUUGAAGGGUUUGCCAAAUCCGAGUCGAAAUCAGUCAUGCUGAAGUGGGUCAAGCAAGCCAUCGACGCGUACAACAGCGCCUAUCCGUCGGAGAAACCAGUGCAUCGUCAAGACCAAGGCCCAGUGGCCGCCGCCGCGUCCGAAGAUGGUCGCAAGAAGGAUCAAGAUGCUGUGGCGACGAUGACGACAACAAAGAAGUUGAAUCCAGACACGAGCCUGCUUCUCUUGCGACAGCUGAAUGUCGUGGGUGUUGUGGUGCUGGUGGUGCUGCUGCUGCAAUUGAUGGUAACUCUGUACAACCUCAGGACAACCACGAACGAAUCCGUCCGGCUGCAAAAACAACACCAGGUGCUUCUCAGUCAAAUCAUGGACAAGAUGAAGUGCGUCAAGUCGAGUGAGUGAGUUCCAUGGGAUGCCUCACUUCUUGCACAAUAGCAUAACACCAUAAUGUUACAUGAAAAUAUAUAACUAUUUGCAACUGUCCA